CUUCGUUCGGCAUAGGGGCCUCAGUUAGAGCUAGACAACUUAGGAGGAAACAUCGGGCCCCGGGAGGGACAGGGAAUCCUCACGCUACAACGUAUCCCCGGCCUCAGUCCUCCAGGUGCCCCACCGUACCUCCAUGGCGGGGCGCCCUUCCAUUGGAUGACUGUUCCAGCGCACGAAUGAAGACCUGAGAUUUAUCACCCCCACCAGACGUUCUAUUCUUUUAUUUAUACAAGUAGCACGUCCCUCCCACUUGCCACCAUGUCGGGUGCGUCUGUGAAAGUGGCCGUUCGGGUUCGCCCUUUCAAUUCCAGGGAACUCGGCAAGGAAUCAAAAUGCAUCAUUCAGAUGCAAGGAAAUUCGACCAGUAUUAUCAAUCCAAAGAAUCCAAAGGAACCAGCUAAAAGUUUCAGCUUUGACUACUCAUACUGGUCCCAUACCUCGCCGGAUGAUCCAUGCUUUGCAUCCCAGAGCCGCGUGUACAAUGACAUUGGAAAGGAAAUGCUGGAACAUGCCUUCGAGGGCUACAACGUUUGUAUAUUUGCCUAUGGGCAGACAGGUGCCGGCAAGUCCUAUACGAUGAUGGGUAAACAGGAGGAGACGCAGGCGGGCAUUAUACCUCAGCUUUGUGAGGAACUAUUUGAAAAAAUUAAUUGUAAUAACACUGAGGAGGUCUCAUUCUCUGUAGAGGUUAGCUAUAUGGAAAUUUACUGUGAGCGAGUCCGAGACCUGCUAAACCCUAAGACCAAAGGCAACUUGCGGGUGAGGGAGCACCCACUACUCGGGCCUUAUGUAGAAGACUUGUCUAAGUUGGCUGUCACCUCAUACACAGAUAUUGCUGACCUGAUGGAUGCAGGAAAUAAGGCUAGGACUGUGGCCGCCACAAACAUGAAUGAGACCAGCAGUCGCUCCCAUGCAGUCUUCACGAUAGUCUUCACCCAGAGGAAGCUUGAUAUAGAAACUAAUCUCUCCACAGAAAAGGUCAGUAAAAUAAGCCUAGUAGAUCUGGCUGGGAGCGAAAGAGCCGAUUCCACAGGAGCAAAGGGGACCCGACUAAAAGAAGGUGCUAAUAUCAACAAAUCUCUGACCACUCUGGGGAAAGUCAUCUCCGCCCUUGCAGAGGUGAGCAAAAAGAAGAAAAAGUCAGACUUUAUUCCCUAUAGAGAUUCUGUACUGACCUGGCUACUGCGUGAGAAUUUAGGAGGAAACUCUCGCACUGCUAUGGUCGCAGCCCUGAGUCCAGCAGAUAUAAAUUAUGAUGAAACUCUAAGCACAUUAAGAUAUGCAGAUCGAGCUAAACAGAUCAAAUGUAACGCUAUUAUUAAUGAAGAUCCUAAUGCUAAAUUGGUGCGUGAGCUUAAAGAUGAAGUGACCCGUCUGAAAGAACUCCUACGAGCCCAGGGCUUGGGUGAUAUCAUCGACAUUGAUUCCAUUGACGACAAUUUCCUCGGAGUGAAAUCUCUUCCUUCUGUGACCUGCCUUCCUCUGUCAGACUUCAAUGAUAACCAGAACCUUAAGAAUAAGUACUUGCUAUCCAAUGAGAAUCAACGGCCUGGCCAUUUCUCCACAGCCUCCAUGAGCUCUCUGGCAUCCUCCCCAUCAUCCUGUUCUCUCAGUAGUCAGGUGGGAUUUUCUACUGUUGCGAAUAUCCAAGAAAGGAUCAUGUCCACCCCCGGAGGAGAGGAAGCCAUUGAGCGGCUCAAGGAAUCUGAAAAAAUUAUUGCAGAACUCAAUGAAACUUGGGAGGAGAAACUUAGAAAAACGGAAGCUAUCCGUAUGGAGAGAGAGGCGUUACUGGCAGAGAUGGGGGUGGCAAUUCGAGAAGAUGGUGGAACGUUGGGAGUCUUCUCCCCUAAAAAGACUCCGCAUCUCGUUAACCUUAAUGAAGAUCCUCUCAUGUCGGAGUGCCUUUUGUAUUACAUUAAAGAUGGUAUAACCAGGGUUGGUCAAGCAGAUGCAGAAAGGCGCCAGGACAUUGUUCUGAGUGGCGCCCACAUUAAGGAGGAGCACUGUAUAUUCCGCAGUGAGAGAAUGCCAACGGGAGAAGUUAUUGCAACUCUGGAGCCCUGUGAACAUUCAGAGACCUAUGUGAAUGGGAAACGAGUAGUUUUUCCGGUGCAGCUUCGUUCUGGUAAUCGUAUAAUUAUGGGCAAGAACCAUGUUUUCCGGUUUAACCACCCUGAACAGGCCCGUGCAGAGCGAGAGAAGACUCCUUCAGCUGAGACUCCCUCAGAACCUGUGGACUGGACCUUUGCCCAACGGGAGCUCCUGGAGAAGCAAGGCAUUGACAUGAAGCAGGAGAUGGAGAAAAGGCUUCAGGAAAUGGAAAUCUUGUACAAGAAAGAGAAGGAGGAAGCGGAUCUUCUUCUGGAGCAGCAGAGACUGGAUUAUGAAAGCAAACUGCUGGCCCUUCAGAAGCAGGUGGAGACCCGGUCACUAACAGCUGAGACCACCGAGGAAGAGGAUGAAGAGGAAGAGGAGGUUCCCUGGACAGAGCAUGAGUUUGAACUUGCCCAGUGGGCAUUCAAAAAAUGGAAGCAUCAUCAGUUCACUUCUCUACGGGACCUGCUAUGGGGAAAUGCUGUGUACCUCAAAGAAGCCAAUGCCAUCAGUGUGGAGCUGAAGAAGAAGGUCCAGUUCCAGUUUGUGCUGUUGACAGACACCCUGUAUUCUCCACUUCCACCGGAGCUGCUUCCUCCAGAGUCUGAGAAAAUACCCGAAGAUGAGCCCUUCCCUCGUACUGUGGUGGCUGUAGAAGUGCAGGACUUGAAAAAUGGUGCCACACACUACUGGUCACUGGAGAAACUCAGGUUGCGGCUGGAACAGAUGCGAGAGAUGUACGACCGAGCUGGAGAAAUGGCCUCUAAUGUCCAAGACGAACCUGAUGCAGUAUUAAGCGGCGGUGACCCGUUCUACGAUCGUUUCCACUGGUUUAAGCUUGUCGGCAGUUCUCCUAUAUUCCACGGCUGUGUCAACGAGCGGCUGGCAGACCGCACCCCAUCCCCCACCUUUUCAACAGCCGACUCCGACAUCACCGAGCUGGCAGAUGAGCAGCAGGACCAGAUGGAAGACUUCGAUGAUGAGCCAUUUGUGGAUGACACCGGCUCAGAUUUGGGGAAUGAGGAAGGAUCUGACCUCUUCAGCGAUGGGCAUGACCCGUUUUAUGACCGGUCCCCAUGGUUCAUUUUAGUAGGAAGAGCAUUUGUCUAUCUCAGUAACCUGCUUUUCCCAGUCCCCCUGGUCCAUCGAGUGGCUAUAGUGAGCGAAAAGGGGGACGUACGAGGGUUCCUGCGUGUUGCCGUGCAAGCAAUUGCUGGUGAUGAAGAAGCACCAGAUUAUGGAUCCGGCAUUCGACAGUCAGGAACAGCCAAGAUCUCGUUUGACAAUGAUUACUUCCACAAGAAUGAUGUCUCCUCCACCGUCCUCACUCGAUCUGGGCUGUCUCUAGAAGAACUCCGCAUCGUAGAAGGACAGGGUCAGAGCUCAGAGAUGAACACUCCUAUGGAGGAGGUCAACCGACUGGCUGAGAUGGACAUGAAAUCAGGCAGUCUUUUGGAUGGAAAGAUGAUGAUGGAAGGAUUUUCUGAAGAUGUAGGAGAACAUCUGAAGAUCGGCAGUGUCUUCACUUUCCGUGUCACUGUCCUACAAGCCAGCGGCAUUCCACAGGAGUAUGCUGAUAUCUUCUGCCAGUUCAACUUUUUACAUCGGCACGAUGAAGCCUUUUCCACAGAACCCCUUAAAAACAAUGGACGUGGGAACCCACUGGGCUUCUACCAUGUACAGAAUGUUGCUGUAGAAGUUACUGAAUCUUUCACAGAAUAUAUCAAAACUAAACCUAUUGUAUUUGAAGUGUUUGGACACUAUCAGCAGCACCCGCUACACCCCCAGGUUCAGGACCUCAGCCCAGUGCAGCCUUCCCGUCGCCAUUUUCCUCCUCCGAUGCCCCUCUCUAAACCUGUUCCAGCCACCAAACUAAAUCCUCUAAGCAAGCCGAGCCUUGGACAGAGCGUCAGCAAAUACGACCUGUUGGUUUGGUUUGAGAUCUGUGAACUGGAGCCUACAGGAGAGUACAUCCCAGCUGUUGUUGACCACUCCGGAGGUCUGUCCUGUCAAGGAAACUUCCUGCUACACCAGGGGAUCCAGCGCAGAAUCACAGUGACCAUUAUACAUGAGAAGGGAAAUGAGCUGCAUUGGAAGGAUGUGCGAGAGCUGGUGGUCGGGAGAGUGCGUAAUAAAGCAGAGGUGGAUGAUGCAGCCGCUGACACAGUUCUUUCCCUGAACAUAAUCUCCGCCAAAUACCUCAAAAACCACAGCAGCAGCAGGACGUUCUAUCGGUUCGAGGCUGUCUGGGACAGUUCCCUGCAUAAUUCCUUACUCCUGAACAGAGUAACUCCCUACGGAGAGAAGAUUUACAUGACGUUGUCAGCCUAUUUGGAGCUUGACCACUGCAUCCAGCCAGCAGUCAUUACUAAGGACGUAUGCAUGGUCUUUUAUUCACGUGAUGCCAAAAUCUCCCCUCCACGUUCCCUGCGCAGUCUAUUUGGCAGCGGUUAUUCAAAGUCUCCUGAUUGUAACAAAGUAACAGGAAUCUAUGAACUCAGUUUGUGCAAAAUGGCUGACACAGGAAGUCCAGGAAUGCAGAGAAGGAGAAGAAAGAUCCUGGAUACCUCGGUGGCUUAUGUCCGAGGGGAAGAGAACUUGGCUGGCUGGAGGCCUCGCGGGGACAGCUUGAUACUUGAGCAUCAGUGGGAACUUGAGAAAAUGGAACAGUUACAUGAGGUGGAGAAGACCCGGCAUCUCCUCCUGCUCAGGGAGAAGCUUGGUGACAGCAUUCCAAAAUCCCUAAGUGACUCCAUAUCCCCCAGUCUGAGCAGUGGAACGCUCAGCACCUCCACCAGCAUCUCCUCCCAAAUAUCUACCACUACCUUUGAAAGUGCCAUCACCCCAAGUGAGAGCAGUGGAUAUGACUCCACCGACGUCGAGAGCCUGGUGGAUCGUGAGAAGGAGCUAGCAACUAAGUGCUUGCGACUCCUCACUCAUACUUUUAACCAAGAGCUGACCCAAGUAUGCAACAGCAUUAGUGAUUGUAAGCUGUCCGAUAUUUCCCCUAUCGGUCGUGACCCCUCUGUCUCCAGCUUUAGCAGCGCUACCCUGACUCCAUCUUCUACCUGUCCAUCAUUAGCAGACUCCAGAUGCAGCUCUGUGGAUCAGAAGACCCCUGAAGCCAAUUCCCGUGCUUCCAGUCCAUGCUCAGAGUUUGAACAGUUCCAGAUAAUUCCCCCAGUAGAAAGCUCAUACUUGGCCCGUGCUGGAAAAAACGAGUUUCUGAACCUAGUACCCGAUAUUGAAGAGCUGAGACCUGGGUCGGUGGUCUCUAAAAAGGGUUAUUUGAACUUCAAAGAGCCUCAAUCUCACUCAUGGACAAAGCAGUAUGUGGUAGUUCGGCGCCCAUAUGUCUUCAUCUACAACAGUGACAAGGAUCCAGUGGAGCGUUGUCUCAUCAACCUGUCUACAGCUCAAGUAGAGUACAGCGAGGACCAACAAGCCAUGGUCAAGAGCCCCAACAUAUUUGCCGUGUGUACCAAGCACCGCGGGAUCCUGCUGCAGGCCAUUAAUGAUAAAGAUAUGAAUGACUGGCUGUAUGCCUUUAACCCCUUGCUCGCUGGUACUAUACGAUCGAAGCUUGCAAGACGUCGUUCCCUCUCCAAGUACUGAGCAGCUCCACGUUCCAUUCUGAGAGGUUCCUCCCUCUCCUCCUUUUGUGAUUCUUGACGUUUCUCUUGUCUGUAAAACUGUGGCUUUUCCCCCGGCUCCUAUUCCGUAUGUGCUGAAAGCGAACCCAACUUGUCGCAUGUGGCAAACUAAAGAAGAAAGGACAGAGAGAAACGGACUCCUGAUCGCACUCUUUUCUUCUGGAUGCGUGUCCCACCCCCUCCCCCAAUUUCUUCUUUCCUAGCAGUCUCUAGUGUCUGUAGCGUAACUCGUCUGUCAGAAAAUGCAUUUUUUUUUCUAUAUUCCUCAAUUGAUUGGUCGCUAUGGAAACCUCCAGCGUUCCCCAAGAUUUUACUUGUCUCCCUGUACCCCUCGUUGUGCUGCUAACCACUCCUGGGGAGGGCAGGAGGUUCCAUGUCUACUGCUUUCUCUGUCUCUUCUCCUCCAGCUGCGGCACCGCCAAUGCCAGUGGCUGCACUGUGACCAUUCCAGUGGUUGGGGCUAUUCGUAGUGGGUUGGGAGUGUUUCAGAUUAUCCCUCCCCCCCCCCCUCCCCAAAGAAAAUGGACUUGCCCAUGGGAAAGUUCUUAAAUUUUUGAAAAACUUUAUUGAUGUUGCUAGGCUUCUUGGGUGUGGGGGAGAGUGGUGCCAUAUAGUAUAGGUGGCACAGUCACAGUCAUCCACACGCCCUGCAAAGACCAGCAACAGGAAUUGGUGUUCCUCACUGUAGGACAUAUUGAAUUUAGUGCAUAACUGGAUUUGAGGAUAAUUUUUAUGAUUUUUGGAAAUUGUAUGAUUGGAAAAUGCUGCUUAUGUUUUAUUAGCUGUAACUAGGAGGGCACAUGGGAACAUAAAAGAGCAGGAAACUAAACCCUUUCUGUAGUGGGGGAGACAUAUUACAGUCUAUACUAUACCAUCUAUUGUCUCAGGCCAUAAAGCAUAAAUUCUCUGAACUCUACAGGUGCGCCAGGCAAAACAUACCCAUCAAGCCAGGAUUUGGGUGGGAAGGAGUUACAAUGUACAAUGUUUUUUUUGUUUUUUUACGAAUUCUCUGAAGGUUUUUUAGGAGACCCUUUCAAGCACCCUUCACCUUAACCGGUUAGCUGAAAGGUCUGAUGAUGAGUUACAGUAUGUUACAUUGACCCUUUCCCCUUUGGGUUCCUGCAGACAAUUGCAGACCUGCUCUACAACAAAUGGGUUAUAGCCUUGAUAUAAACUUAUAUUUCUACAUAUUAUAUAUAAAUAUAUAAAUAUAUUGGUUUAAAGGAAUCAAAAUGUAUUACGGUCUUUGCUUUGGGUGAUAUCAGAGUGUCCAUUAACAAAUUUGAUCAUGUUCGACAUGGUGGCUCCCUACUUUUUGCCAGUAAAGCCCCAAUUUUGAGACCAACGUUACUGCAGGGUUUACAUGCCAGACAGUUCUUCAGAUUCUUAUUGAUUUUCAAAUAGCCACAAUUUCUACUAAUAUAAGUUCACUCACAAUUCUGUCUUUCCUCCAAAGUAUGUAGGAAAUAUGUAUUACACAUUUGAUAACUGUAUUACAAGCAUAUAUCUGAUUGAAGCCCCCGUCACAUACAGAGUCAGCCAGCUCUGUGACGCUCUGCAAACGCCAUGCCAUGGGCCAACUAACCCAAUGAGCAUGCUGCAAGUAAGAUGGGCCCCAAGCAGAAAUAUCCUUGCCUGCAAAAAUAAAUUGUCAAUGUGAACGUGUCUCAUACAUACAAUGGAGGCACCCUACCAGUUGACUUAGAACUAUUAUAUGCAAACAUGCAUGGAUGAAAGGCACUAGAGCUAUAUAGAACAAACUAGUCAAAUAACCUUUUUUAUGGGUUGUCAGCUGCUGGAUCCCAUCAAAUGGGCGCAAGUAUUUUCUGGUCGGGGUGGUUUUUCAUAAAAAAAUAAUUUUAUAUAUAUAUAUAUAUAUAUAUAUAUACAUACACACACACACAGUUUUUCUCAGAAUUUAAAGCGGUUGUCCUGGUUUCCGAUUUUGAUUCCCUAUCUUCAGGAUAGGUCAUCAAUAUCAGAUCGGAGAGGGAGCUGGGAGUCGGACCCACAACUGUGUUAUAAGGGGUUGCCUAUAAGCCUUUGUGCUACCAUGACCGCGUGCAGGUAAACAUUGAAGAGGAAGCAGCGCUGGCACAAGCCCUGCGGACCCCUUCAAACAGCUGAUCAGCAGGGGUGCCGGGAGUCAAACCCCCACCGAUCUGAUAUUGAUGACCUAUUGUGAGGAUAGGUCAUCAAUAUUGUAAAACCAGACAAUCCCUUUCAGCCCAAGUAAUACCGCCCUAUAUUGCUCUAAUUAUGCUCCCUAUAGGGCCCACAUAGUACUGCCUGAAAGCCACUACAUAAUACUGCAAUUCAGAUUACAAAUAAUACCUCCAUACAGUACUAAAUACUACUAGGUUGUUAAGUUUGGUGCUGGGCUUCUUGUCUUAUAAGCUUUGGGGCCCUGGGUGACAACUCCUUUUGUCACCCUCUCUAGCCCUGCCGUUUUUGUGGGCGAGCUUGAUAUAAAGUAGUAGAUCUGUUAUGUUUGUUACCUUGACCCUGCUCUCUUCACUUCAUUGAUGGAUGUUCCCUUUUAACAUGCACCUUGAUCCCAUCACUACAGCUUUAAAUCGACACGCAUGCACUUUAGUUUCAAUGUCAUUUUUCUUUUUAUCCGCUGUCUGGUUUCACCUCAAAGCAAAGUCCGUCUUUUGCUCGUUUACUGAUUUUAAAGGGACGUUUACUUGUUUCUCUGUGUUUUGUGUAUUGUAUUUAUUAUGCCUGCGUUUACUUGCACAUGAUGGAGGGGAGAGAACAGCAUUGAUUGGUGGUUGUCGCACCUUAGCGGGGGAGCGGACUAUGCAUAUCACAGCUACAUUUAAAACCUCACCGCUGUCUGCGGCUGGCGCGGUCUCACAUCUGAAAUGAAGGAUUUCUACUUUUUAAGGUGCCCUACAUCCACUGCCUAUAGGAAGGUUUGAAUGAAUGUAUAUGGAACUGGAUUUAAGAACUCUCAAAUUUAACGUGUCUAAUUCAAACCAGCGGUCUGACGCAUUGUAUACAAACCAGUGAGUUUUGGGACACUACAACUCCCAACAUGCUAGGAGUUCUAGUGUCAUGACACCUGUAGACGGGCAGAAGUGACAGACUACUGGUUUGGAGCCGCUACUUCAAGUUGUGUAAACUGGAAUGUAUUCGUACAUUUGUGCUUCCUCAUCCAGAAAUCAGACAUUAUGGUAAUUAUUUCAUUAAUGCACAAGUUUUACUUUCUAAUAGAACCACUACAAUCGCCAGCAUCAGAUGUCUUUAAUGUCUUGAUGAGAUUUGCAUGCCGUGUUAAAAAUUCUUCAGUUACUCACCUUUCACUUGCUCCUUAGAUUACAGGCCACCGCUUUGGCAGCUGAUAGGAUUUUUAAGUCCCAAGUCUCAAUUACAUAAAUCAUCUCCACUGAACUGUCUUCUUAAAGGGCCAGUAGCAUAGGACUUCAUAUUGUGCACCAAAAUAUGUUUUAGCAAUGCUGAACAGACAGCGAUAGAAAAACAUAAGACCAAGCUCCUAAAUUCCUGAUCAGUAAGGCAAAGGUGUCCAUACACAUAGCUGUAAUUGUCGGCAAAAUGGCUGAAAAUUUGUUUUGUCCUGGUAAAUUGGAGAAUGAGGCAAACCUGUUAAUUUUGUUGCUAAUUAAAUGAUACAAUUUCUGAAUUUACUCCGGUAUAGUAUCAGCAACAGCAAGAAUAAUUUUCUUUUUGAUCAUUGUGGAAAUCUUGCAGUGCAUGCCCCUUUAAGAUCCAGCAUCACCAUAAUGAAACAUAUCAGACUAUUAAAGAGGCGGCAGCCUACGUUAAUAUAAACCUCCAUCUGAUGAUUCAGGGAGAUGCACAGUGAUUUCUGUGUCCCCAUGCCUCCUGCUCUGCCUUCAGUUUAGUGUCAUUUUUGGGAGUAAUCUGAGAAAGACUGGUUACUAGGGGUCUCAGCAGCCUAACAUAAGACUGGGCGUUAGGCAGUGGGGUCCUAGCACCAGCAAUGGUCAGACAUGACUCCGCUGUCCCUGUCCUGACAGUCACAUCAUCCACAUCUUCUUUACUAGUAAUUAGCUUUUGUUAAUACAUUUAAAGCUUUGCUAAUUGUAGGAUUAGCCUGUAUAUCAAUAUUACAGGAUAUAUAGACCAAUAGGGGGCAGUAUAGAUGAGGCAUUAUACACAUACCAAUGGCUUAUGAUUUUCCAAGCACUGGAUGGAACAAAAGCCCGCUGUGCCUGUAGUGCAGUGGGUAUUGCAGGGGCCAGGCCAAUGUGUCUGUGGCCCCAGAUUAUCCUAUUGUAAUUUUCAAUUAGAGUCCUUCGGACUAAAGAACAUUCCUUGAGUUUACCAGGCAGCACCCAUAUGAGUUCAAAAUGCAGCCUAGUAGCAGACUCUGCCACCAGAUGUGACCACACUGGACCUCGUGGACACUAGAGUGGUCAUGUUUUGUAUACCAAUAGUUUUGGUACCACGUAUCGUUCAUUCCAUAACAGCCCUCUGUGUUUAGUAGCAGGAAGAAGACCACUGGAAAGGAGGGGGACAUUAGAUUUACCCAUUUUCCGGGCUGAAAAAAAAUGCCUAUAGCCAUAAAUUUAGUAGAACUUGGGAUGCCCCACUAUAGUGGUUGUCCAGGAUUUGGAACACGUCUGCUUUCUUCCAGAAACGGCACCUUACCUAUCCAUGAGCUGCAUCUGGUAUUGUAUUUCAGUUCCAUUAAAGUGAGAGGGACCGAGCUGCAAUACCACAUAAAACCAGAGGACAGGCGUGGCACUGCUUUUGGAAGAAAGAAGCACAUUUUUUUUUUUAAUCCUGGACAAGCCCUUUAUCUAUGUUUUUA